CCUUCAGCCUUCAGCCUUCAGCCUUCACUGUCAGCCUUUGAAGUCGAGGUACCUAGAGCUUCUAAAUUCUCACAUGGUGGAGGAGGGAGGAGGCAAUAAGAUGCCGCUUGGCUCCUUGGCGCGGCACAAACCCAGGGCCACAAUGUGCACGAACCACUCCUAAAAGUUCGCAAGCCUAGGAGAGAAGGCCUUUGAAAGAUCUGCCUCUAACCAUUUUUUGAAACCCUAAAGCGGUGGAAGGUCUGGGGAAUCCCCCUUUCCUGGGAGGCGCUCCAAGCAUGGAGGCGAGAGCCAUGCAGGGCUGGCAAGAGGCCGAGCCAGGCCCUUCCCCCUACUCCACCUCCCCACCCUUCUGCCUUGCUCUAGUUAGCCCCCACACUCAGCAUUUUAAUGUUAUCUUCUAUGACUUAGCGGUUGGCCUGCCAACCAUAGUGUUCGUCGCUUACCUGCUAACAAAGGUCAAGGGCUCGGUUAGAAAGCUAGUCAGCAGCAGAUCGCACAUAAUGAGUACAUACUAUGGUUUCCUUUGGAUAGUCUGCGCCUUGAACAUUCUUCGGGUGCUUGUACAGAUCUUUGACGCAGAGCCAGCUGAUAGCCCCAGGGCCUGGAAUGUCACGUGGCUGAUAACUAGGUUCGGGAUGGUCCUGCUCGAGGUCUCGGUGGUUGUGUUCCUGUCUCAAGGGUACCUCAUAAGCGGCUGGGAGGCUUUAAUACGCACCGUGGCUUUCUCGGGGGUGUUUGCCAUUGUAGAUACAGUAAUCAAGGCAAUCUACGUGUUUGGGCUGGGCGUACCCCUGUUCAUAACGGAGCCCGACGAUGAGGGGAACUGGCGGAAGUGGUCCUUCUGGAUGCUGCACGCGCUGCUCUUCCUGGGAAUUUAUGCGCUCAUUCUAGUUCUUCCGCACACGCGGUGGCGGGACAGGCUGCCAGCUCGGCCAGCCUUUUACCGCUACGUGUUUGUCCUGUUUCUCAUCAACAUCGGGCUCACCUUCGGGAGCUUCCUGUUGGGCCUGGCCGUCGACUUUGGCUACUGCUUGUAUGGCUUCUCCAGCUUCCUGUACUACGCCUUCUAUCCGCCGCUGCUGUACAUAACAUUCUUGGCGGACUUCUUCCGGGAGGAAGACUUGCAAAUGGAGGACGUCUACUACAGCGAGAUGAAGGACGCCGGGUACUUUGAUGCAGAUUGGGAAUAGCUGUCGAUCAAUUUGAAGUCCGCCGAGGACGCUUGUCGUCAAAGAUCAAGCAGCAUGCAGUCUCGGUUCAGCGAGCUUCGAUCGGGAAGCGGAGUUCAUUUCCAACUCAUGUCGAGUCACUUACAGGCUGAUCCCGAAUGGUGUAUCGUUUGGUGCUUGUAUCGAUCUGAGCCUGGAGCUAAAAUCGCAU